UAAGGAGUGAGGCAUAUCUCUACCUACUACUUCACCACUGCCGUUCACUCACUGAGUAAUAAGCAGGCUCAAAAUCAGCCGUAAUCUAGCACCGUUUCGAUCAUGGAGGGGAGAAGAUUCCUCCGCCAUCUUUUUCUGAUCUUCUUCGUGGCUCUUCUGGUGGUCUUCACGCUGCAGAGACUCCCAUCUACGCCGUCCAACGGGGCGGAGCUACUCGACUGCGCCACCAACUCGCCGUGGUGCACUUUCAAGAACCGGUUCCAGGGAAGAACAAACGGGGGCGUGCUCAAGAACCCCGUCAAAUCCACGCGCCGUCGCCAGGACGCCGCCUCCGACGUCCCGCGCCACCCGCUCGACCCCCUGACGGUUCAGGAGCUCAAUAAAGUCCGUGAUGUCAUGAAAUCCUACGGCCCCUUCACCGCCACUCCCUACGCUCUCCACUACAUCACUCUCGAAGAGCCCGAGAAGCGGAUCGUCUCCGCCUGGAAAACCGGCGACCCGCUGCCGACCCGGAAGGCCUCCGUCGUCGGCCGCGCCGGCGGGGUGUCCCACGAGCUCACCGUCAACCUGGAGACCGGCGAGGUUACCCUCCUCAAUACGGGCCGUCACGGCGGCUCCCCGAUGCUGACGGUGGAGGAAAUGACCACCGCCGUCGCUGCGACACUGGCUAACGCCGAGUUUAACCGCACAAUCAUCGAACGUGGCGUCGAUAUUGGAGAACUUGCAUGCCUGCCUGUCUCUUCUGGGUGGUAUGAACGAGAGAUGGAGGACAAGAGGAGAUUGAUAAAGAUACAAUGCUACACCACGAAGGGCACUGCAAAUUUCUACAUGAGACCCAUUGAAGGAUUGACGGUCCUGAUUGAUUUAGACACCACAGAGAUCAUAGAAAUAUCCGAUCAAGGCAAGACCAUCCCGAUCCCAAAGGCCGCCAACACAGACUAUCGUUACUCGGCUCAAAACAAGAAGGUCAAGUUUCUAAAUCCAAUUUCCAUCGAGCAACCAAUGGGUCCAAGUUUCACGGUGGAUGGACAUUUGGUGAGGUGGGCAAAUUGGGAAUUUCACCUCAAGCCCGACUCCCGAGCCGGGGUGAUCAUCUCUCGGGCUAAGGUCCGGGACCCGGGAACCGGGGAGAUGAGGAGCGUUAUGUAUAAAGGGUUCACUUCCGAGCUUUUCGUGCCGUAUAUGGACCCCAACGACGCCUGGUAUUUUAAGACGUAUAUGGACGCCGGCGAGUACGGGUUCGGGCUUCAAGCCAUGUCCCUUGACCCAUUAAACGACUGUCCGAGGAACGCCUACUACAUGGAUGCUGUCUUCGGCGCCGCCGACGGAACGCCCUACGUCCGGUCCAAUAUGAUCUGCGUCUUUGAGAGCUACGCCGGCGACAUCGGGUGGCGCCACUCAGAGUGUCCCAUUACCGACAUGGACAUUCGGGAGGCGAGGCCGAAGGUGACACUGGUGGUGAGGAUGGCUGCGUCGGUCGCCAAUUAUGAUUAUAUAGUGGACUGGGAGUUCCAAACGGACGGGCUAAUCAGGAUUAAGGUUGGACUGAGUGGCAUACUGAUGGUGAAAGCGACGCCAUAUGUGAACAUGAACCAAGUGAACCAGCCGGAGGAGUAUCUUUACGGCACCCUCUUGUCGGAAAACAUCAUCGGAGUCGUCCACGACCACUUCGUCACGUUCUAUUUGGACAUGGACAUGGACGGCGCCGACAACUCCUUCGUCAAAGUGAACCUCCAGAAGCAGCGGACGUCCCCCGGAGAGUCGCCGCGGCGGAGCUACUUGAAGGCGGUGAGGAGCGUGGCCAAGACGGAGAAAGACGCGCAGAUCAAGCUCAAGCUUUAUGACCCGUCGGAGUUUCACGUGAUCAACCCCAACAAGAAGACGCGCGUCGGGAACCCUGUCGGCUACAAGAUUGUCCCCGCCGGCACCGCCGCCAGCCUGCUUGACCACGACGACCCGCCGCAGAUGAGAAGCGCUUUUACGGAUAAUCAAAUCUGGGUUACUCCGUAUAACCGGAGCGAGCAGUGGGCAGGUGGGUUGUAUGUCUAUCAGAGCCAUGGCGAUGAUACUCUUGCAGUUUGGUCUGAAAGAGAUCGGGAGAUAGAGAACAAGGACAUUGUGGUAUGGUAUACAUUAGGGUUCCAUCACAUUCCAUGCCAGGAAGACUUCCCAAUCAUGCCGACUGUAACAUCGAGCUUUGAUCUAAAGCCAGUGAAUUUCUUCGAGAGCAAUCCAAUUCUUGGAAUCCCACCCAAUCAGGAGAAAGAUUUGCCGGUCUGCAAGGCUGCAUCUUCAGCUUGAUCAUCUCUCUCUCUCUCUCUCUCUGCAAGACUGCAACUUCUGCAAUAGUGAAAAUGCUGGACCUUCAUCCGCGCUGCACUCAUGAAUCAUCAUCAUCAUGUAUAUAAUCUCAUGUUUUUCAUGAAUAAAGCUUGAGAACAGAUUGAAAUUACUGUUUCAUCUCUGUUAAAAGUGAAUUGCGAGUAGGAAUCAGAAUCUUCCAUUGUAAAACUGUUUUCAUGGCAGUACAUAUAUACUGCUGUAUAUCAAUGGAGAAUGGUGAUGUCAUGAUUCUGUGAUAUUCUGUCA